AUGCGCACCGAAGUUGGAAGCACCGUCGAGCGGCUCGACAGGCCAAGUGCCUACUAUAUCAGCAGAAACAAGCGCAGACGCGAUCGAGACGACAACGCAGAGGAGCCCACGGAACCCGCCGUCGAUCCUCUUGCCAACGCGACGACUCUCUACGUCGGCAACCUGUCAUUCUACACCACAGAAGAGCAGGUCCACGAGCUCUUCUCCAAGUGCGGCGAGAUCAAGCGCCUCGUCAUGGGCCUCGACCGAUUCAACAAGACCCCCUGCGGCUUCUGCUUCGUCGAAUACUACACCCACCAGGACGCCCUCGACUGCAUGAAAUACAUUGGCGGCACGAAGCUAGACGAGCGCAUCAUCCGUACAGACUUGGACCCGGGCUUCGAGGAGGGAAGACAGUUUGGCCGAGGCAAGUCUGGUGGCCAGGUCCGAGACGAGUACCGCGAGGAUUUCGACGAGGGCCGAGGAGGUAUGGGCAGAGCGCUGCAGGGCGAGAGAUCACGGAACAAUGACGACGAUAGUCGGUAA